AUUCCUGCUUUCUAUUCCCCUUCUUCUCCCAUCUCUCUAUUCGCCGUUGGCCAUCGUUCUCUCUCCACACUACUGUGUCAUUUGUUGAAUCAGAGAAUUUUUUUAGUUUUUAGUUUGGUCUGUUGGCAUCAACAAAUUCCAGUUUAUUACAGAAAUUUUGCUAUAAUGGGGAGCUCGGCAACCAGUAACGUAUACAUCAAUGUCAUCGGUGACGUCAUCAGCAAGGUCCGCGACGAGUUCAUCGACAAUGGUGGCCCUGGCGACGGCAUACUCGAUGAACUGCAAAGGUUAUGGGAGAUGAAGAUGAUGCAUGCUGGAGCAAUUAUGGGCCCGAUUGACAGGUCAUCCACGCAAAAGGGGGCUGGUGGUGGCUCUAUCACACCUAAUCCUGUACAUGACCUCAACGUACCAUAUGAAGGCACUGAGGAGUAUGAAACUCCUACUGCUGAUUUACUCUUUCCUCCGACUCCGCUGCAAACUCCUAUGCAGACGCCACUGCCUGGAAUGGCUCAUACACCAUUGCCUGGAGCAGCUCAGACUCCUCUUCCUGGAAAUGAUAGCAAUCCAUUCUAUAAUAUUCCCACUGGCGGCACCCCAAUCACCCCUAAUGAUUAUGCGUCCCCCAAUGAAAAUAGUGGUGUUCCUGAUGUUAGAGGUGGACUAGGAAGACCUAGCCAAUUCAUGCCUCCGCAAUCCCCUUGGUUAAAUCAGAGGCCUCAUCUUGAUGUGAAUGUCGCUUACACUGAAGGUCGGAAAGAAGGUGAGAUGGGGGCGCCUCAUCAGCCAUCAACUCAGGAUUUCUUCUUAGCUAAUGGAAAGCGGAAACGUGAUGGUCCAUAUCAUCCGGGAUACAUUUCACAACAAGAUGGAGCGUCAGAUAGUCUAUCAGAUGAAUCAAAGGUGACUGACAGUGGUAUUCACCAAAUACUCGGUCAAGAGGGGAAGAUAUCUGUUAGGAUUACUCAGUUGGAUGGCCCUGUGCCGAAUCCAUAUGAUGAUGUGCUUUCUACACCCAAUAUAUACAAUUAUCAAGGAGUUGUCAGUGAAGACUACAAUAUAGUGAACACACCUUUGCCAAAAGAGAUGCUAGCAGCAACUCCUGCCCCUGUUCACAAUGACAUUGGAGAUGCCGACGAUGAUGAUGAAUCCUUGAACGAAGAUGAUGAUGAUGAUGACCUGGACGAUGUGGGUCAAGGGGAAGAUGUGAACUCAGAACAUUUGGUUUUAGCUAAAUUUGACAAGGUGACUAGAACCAAGAGCAGGUGGAAGUGCAUGUUGAAGGAUGGGAUCAUGCGCAUAAAUAACAAGGAUAUUCUGUUCAACAAGGCAAAUGGGGAAUUUGACUUCUGAUAUGUUGGUACCUGCUGAAUUCCAGAUGAAAGCCAGAUACUUGGAGAGUAUUAGAUUUGAGUUGUGAUCUGCGGCGUGUACAAAGUGUUUUGGCACAUCUACAUUUUACUUGCAGUGCCUUUCCAUGGUUUUGGUGUUUAUUGGUAAUACCAAUAUCAUUUUUCUUAUAUAACCUUCAUAUUUUGGUA